CAUCUCAAUCAUUUCCGGAAGUGCGAAAACUUCCUUCUAGCAGCAACAUAAUAAUAAAGUAUUAUUGUGUCAUUUUAAUUUGCAGUCAAAAUAUUGUGAAAUGUCGCGACCAGCAAGACCACCGCCUCCGCCACCCACCCCUAAACCAGGACAAGUGAAAGUGGUGAGAGCAAUGUACAGAUAUGAAGCUCAGCAGACAGAUGAGUUGACUUUUGAUGAAGGAGACACCCUGUAUAUUCUUGACAUGUCUGAUUCUGGUUGGUGGAAAGCAAGAUGUGGGGAUAAAGAAGGAUUAAUACCUAGUAACUAUGUUGAAGAGAACACGGAAUCCAUAGAGCACCCCUUACAUGAAGCAUCGAGAAGAGGAAACAUUAGUUUUUUGUCUGAGUGUCUUAAAAAUAGGGUGUCUGUGAAUGGUUUGGACAAGGCAGGGUCCACACCCCUCCACUGGGCAGCACACGGUGGACACAUCGACUGCUUAGAAACGCUGCUCAAGGUGCCUAAUGUGGAAGUCAAUGUACAGAAUAAACUAGGUGAUACCCCCUUGCACUCUGCAGCAUGGAAGGGCCACCCUGAUGCUGUUACACUACUACUGGAGAAAAAUGCUAGGGCUGAUAUCAAAAAUAAUGAUGGCAAAAAACCAUAUGAACUCGCCAAGGAUCCUGAAACAGCAGCUCUUUUAAAACAUGCAAUUAUUCCAAGAACGUUUUCCACAGACUAUGGGGAUGAAGAUGAUUCUGACUGAGAAGAGGAAGCUGUUUUGUUUUAUAUUCUACUUCAACAGAUGCCUAGCAUUCCGUUAUUUCAGUGGGCCCUAGUGGAGGGGGGAGCUGGGUGCUGUGGAUAGUCAUGUUAUCAUUAGAUGUAGUUACAUUGAAUUCAAAAAUUAAAAUAACAUUUUAACAGAAAAGUCAAAACCUCAGGAUAAAGGAUAAAAAACAUUAUUUUCAAGUAAAUUAACUAAAAUUGCUUAUUUUGCCUCAAAUAUGAUAUAAGUAAAAAGAAGGACUAGUAUAUGGUAAAUGCAUUGAAUAUUAGCAAAUACCUGUAUAUGGUAAAGUGAAACUCUUGAAGGAAUUGGUUCUCUGCCUUUAUUAUAAAGUGCAUUAUUAUGUAAUUAACAUGUAUUCUGAUCUUAUAUUCUUGAAUUUGAGGUCUGAUGAAACAAUAUUGAACAAUGGUGUCACCACCAACCAUAAUAUGGACCAAUGCCAUUGUUGGAAUUUUUUCACCAAUCAAAAAAAGGGGAACAAAUUGUCAGUGGGAUGACAACAAUAUCAAAUAACAAUAAUGUUGUUGUAACUUUUGAUGCUAUUUUGAAGGAUAUUGACAUUCAGGUAAUUAAUCAUACAGAAAAGUAUUAUAGACUAUUGUUUACCAUUCAGUGUUUUGUUUUGCAAACGUCAACCAAAGUAGAUAACUGUUGAUAUUAAAGGGGACACCUACAGGGUGUUUAUUCCCUUUAAUCUCUCUUUCCUUCUCUUUCCUUCUCCCUAUCUCUCUCUCUCUCUCAUAUGGUACCUAAUGAACUGUACAUGUUACAUUCCAUACCUACCAGUAGAAACAGGUUCUAAAACAUGGAUUCAAUUCACCCGAAUUUGUUAACUGAUCCAUAUUCAUUCAUGUAUAAAUCAUAAUUCUUAUUGAAAGUUGACCUGGCAGUUUAUUUGAGGAUGAAAUGGGACACAGUUUAAGAUGUAUAUAUAUAUCUUGCAAAAGAUCUUGGAAAACAUGAGUUACACAUGAAAUAUUCAAAUGUUGAUUAACUUUGUCCAUAACACUGUCAUUGGUAGCAUUGUCAGUAUAAAAGGUUUUUCUGAUACUUUUUACAUUUAGAAGUUAGAACAUUCUGUACUGUUCCUUCCAUGUUGAAGUAAAAACAAGGGCUGUAGAGCAUAGCAAGGUGGUUAGCCUUCACGCUGUGAGCUGUAUGUAUUGUGUAUAACCAUAGAUGAUUGAACACGAUGAGUUACUGUAUGUCUUCUGUGUUAUUGUCAGUUGUCAUUUAAUAUUUACAACAUAGGGAAUGCUGAUGCUUUUUAAGUAGAAAUGCUAGCAAGGCAAGUUUUGCCUUUAUAGAUCUGUUAAUAUUUUAAAGUCAAAAUGGAGGUGACAUUGUAAAAAAGAUGUUUGUAUUUUACAUGUUAUAAUGUUUCUUGUAUAUUUCAGUUAUCGAGUAAAUAAAAUCGUUAAUUAUUAUCA